CGUUAACUACUAUGUGAAUGCGUGAAAAAGUUUUAAGAGCUAAUUAAGAUGUAAAAACAUCAUAAUUUAAUUAGUGCAAGCAUAUUUAUAUUGCUAUGGAGAAGGAGGAGCAGACUUUGGUCAACACAGUUUUAACCUGUGAAGGAGAUCUACAUGCAGAGGAUUUUCCUGUUAGACUAAAUCACUUGAUCAGCAAACUUAAAGCUCUUAUUUGUAAUGAUGAUAAAUUGUUUAAAGUGAAUGUAGUGGAACCUUGGAACAGUGUCCGGGUAACUUUUAGUGUGCCUCAAGAAGCCGCACAGCGACUGUGUCGGUUAGUCGAGACAGAACCCCAUGUCCUUCGAAUGCUGGGCAUUCUCUCAGUCCAGGUUGAGGGUAGUCAGCUAAAUGCAUUGACUUUGCCCAUCCACUAUAGAAAUAUCCUGGAUCAGGUUUCUCAACAGUCUGAAGUUUCACAGAAUGCUGACCAUACUCCUACAUCUUCUGCUAUUGUUGUAACUUCAACUAGUGAUCUUUUAGCUCUAAACAGUUUUGACUCCGACAUUACUGAUGAUGUACAGCAGCAACCAUCUUCUACUGGAAAUACAUCACUGAUGACAUCAGAAGCUUUUGUUACGUGUCAAUCUCAAGUUCUUGUGAAUGCCCAUACUGUCUCUCGUACAUCACCUUGUGAAAACGUGUUACCCUCAACAAGUUUACAGAUUUCCAGAAAUAAUAUAAACAAUACAAACAACACUUUUCAGUGUUCAACUUUCCAUUCAGCAUCAAAUUGUGAUAGAGUUUUGGUUUCUUCUCAAUCUCAGGUUUUCUUGAAUGCACAGACUUUCUCUCUUUCAAAUCCUUGUAACACUAUUUUACCUUCAACAAGUGGCCUUCAUGUUCCCAGUUGUCAUGUGAAUAGUAUAAACAAUGUAAAUCAGAGCUCCAGUUUUCCAUCUUCUAGUUUUAGUGUAGUCACUACAACAGCAUUAGCCACAUGUCAAUCUCAUGAGUUAGUGGAUGCAUGGACUCACCUUUCUCCACCAUCUGCUAGUGUUUUCUCCUCAGUUAGUGAGCCUCUAGCUUCCAGGUCAGAAAGAAGUAUUCAGUGUCCAAGUUGGCCAUCAACAUCCAAUAUGAAUACAUUACUAACAACAUCAACAGUGUGUGGACCAUCAUCAAACUUGCAAACAUUAACAACACCAGCAGUGGAAGGGAAUAAUAAUCAUAGAAGUUUUCCAUGUUUAAACAUGGAUGUUUCAGAAAUAGAACCACAUGUCAGAGAUUACCAGAAUAUAUAUAAUAUUCCAGUUUGCACUUUUAAUUCAACAUGUGUUUCACCUUUUCAAUGCCAUAAAAAUCCAAUUUUUCAGAAUUCAAGUGCUUUUUUACAUUCAUUUACUGAUAGAUCUUGCAGUCCUAAAAUAAACGUAAUUUGUAGCCCUUCAGCUAACAGCUACUCCACUGCUAUAACAACUCCAAGAACUUUUCAAGAUCUAAGAUACCCAAAUCAAGGCAUUGCUGCAUCCAGUCCUUUGUUAGUUAGUCUCCUGCAAAAUUCCAAAGUGAACUCAUUAAUGCCUCCACCAAAUACUGUUCAACCUUUAAAACGCAAACGUAGACAGAAACGAAAUUCAGUUGUUGGUGCUGAAGCUGCAGGCUUUCCUCAUGAAUUAAAUUCUUUGCCCACAUUAUCACUAAACCAGAAAGCCCCGGUGUGUACUAGAACACCUGAAACUUUGACUGUUACAAAUUAUACUUCUGGUAACGUUCAUGGUUGUCUUGGAAUUCCUUUGCUCAGUUCAGCUUCAGUUGUAACUCCUUCACAGUUUCAAACACAGAAUCAUUCUCAGACACUUACUGAAAGUCUACAUUUUAAAGAGGACCUCAACAAUUAUACACAAGUUGAAAAUCACACUUCUGGUUCUGUUUCUUCUGUAAGUUUUAGAGGAAAUAUUGAAACAUCAAAUCAAGCUUCAAACUCCCAUUGUGGUGUUCUGUCUAGUCUAUCUCGUGUUCCUACUACAUUAACACAGUUUGAUAUUCAUAACAAUUCACAAUUUCUUAAAAUGCAAUCCACAUCGGUUAAAAACACUAGAUGCCUUGUAAAUCCUUCUACAGGGAAGCUGGAAGCUAUGCCAAAUGAUGAGAAAGAAUAUAAGAAUCCUGUCAGUGAAAAGAUAGAGAACAUGCAGCCAAAACCUGAUUUAUACAAAGAAUGUCUGCAGUCGGUCCCCUUAAAUAAGGGUGAAAAUAAUAAAUCUGACACAUCUAUAACAUCAAGGAAUUUAGAGAAAAUUACAUUGGUACGAGAAGUGGAAUCUGAAGGAAAACUUCACAGUUCUCCAGAUACCUGUAGAAACAUGCAUGUAGAUAUACGAGACAAAGACAAAGGACAGUCUCUAAAUUUUAUAGAGCCAUGUAAUUUACAGGAUUACAUGUUAUGUGAAACAAGUACAACUGUGGUAGAGGAUUCCCAAAGGAAUUGUGAUACAUCUAGCAAGUAUAAAAAAAUUGAUGCAGUUUCAUUCUCUUCAAGUAUGAGUAAAAAUAAUCAAGUUUUUGGAAGCAUUGGAAGUGUUAAUAAUUUUUCAAGUGUUGUGAAUGAUGAAAAGGCAACCAAAGAAAAUGAUAUUCAGAACAUAGAAAACCUAACAGUAAAAAAUAAGAAAACUAUGAAUAAAAAACUGCAUCUUCAGUUAUCAACUUCUAAAACUGAUGCUUGUAGGUUUCUUGGACAAGAUGACUAUAACAACUGCAAUGACUUAGUCACUCAACGAGACCAUCCUCUAUCAAGAAACCAUGAUGUUCUGUGUAAUGAUGCUAUAGGGAGUGUGCUUUCUAACAUCAGUUGCACAGGAGAAGUUACAUUUAAAAAAGAAUGCAAUAUGUUUGAUAAGAUGGAAGCAACAGAGAUAGAAGAUAGUACUCGAAGAGCUAUUACAAAAUCACACACUUCCCUGCUGCAACACUCAGUAUUGCUUUCAAAAGCUAUACAUGAGAGUUUGUCCUCAUCUCAGGAUCAUGAGAUUGUCGUUGAAAAUGAUGGAGAACCCAGUAGAUGCAAACACCUAUGUGAUAUAGAAAGAAGUCGAAAACCUAUCAACUUUCAACAUCAUAAAACUAGCCCUCCUGAAAAGGAAAAUAACUUGAACUCUGAUAUUAAAUUGUUGGGAACUAAUGGACUAACAAGUCACA